GACAAAUUGGGGUUCAAAAUCAUCCCGAUGGGUAGAGAUGGCAACUGUCUAUUCAGGGCACUUUGCCAUCAAUUCUACGGCAAUCAAAAGUUUCACGGCGACAUCCGUAGAAAGAUCGUAGAAUAUAUGCAGGCAAAUCAUGAACUAUUUGAGAAGUCUGUUGACUAUCUUGAUCAUGAGAGUUAUGAGGCUUACUGUGUACGCAUGAGCCAAGAUGGAACUUGGGGAGAUCAUAUCCAGCUGCUAAUAUCACACACACUGGAAUACGUGUAUACCGGGAUUACUCUCGAAGUAACGAAAUCAUGCCCAAGCUGCCUAACGGACGCAUGAUCAACUUGUCAUACCAUAAUGGAAACCACUACAACAGUGUUUGUCCGAAAGAUGAAGAUGCGAUUCAUCAGAAGACCAAGGUUUGGUGGGAUUACGAGAACGCAGAAAUCCCAGCCGGUAUGGAUCACGAGCUAGCACUUGAUUGGAUCGUGAAAAAGCUUGAGGAAUAUGAAUUUGGACAAGUAGAGCUUAAGCUGGUCGUUGGCUAUCAUGACUCACCUCUCCCAAAAUUUCUGAGCAACAUUCCAAUCAUCUUUGCCAAUAAGUGUACUAGAUCUAAAAAGAUAGUCACAAAGGGUAACCAAGCUGCAGAUGUGAAGAUAAAAGAGAUGUUAGAAGAGAUGUAUGCGGAUGAGACUCCUACUCAACUUGAAAACCAUGUGUUCAUUUCAGGUGACUGUGGCUACUGUAAUCACAUAACCAAGUUGAUAGGUGCUGGCCAUCGAGUUAUGAUGAUUUCCACAGGCAACCUAAAUGAUUCCCGUGUACUACUUCAACUGAAAUGGUCGAAGGUUUUUGGUCAACCAGAAGUCCCAAUCAUUAAGAGUCUCAAGGAAUCUAAACAAGCUGCUACAAAGAAAGCUAGAAGUAGAACUCACAAGAAAAACCUUCAUAAGAAGUCUUUUGAGGCUAGGCAGAAUGUAAUAGCUAACGCAAAGGAUGAGAAUGUGAAAAUUCCCAUGUGCAUUUCAUUGCUGCACUGUGGAUCAGUUCAAUUUGUCCUUGAGCUGGUUCACCACGUCCAAGUUCCAAGGAUCACAAACAUCAACGAUAUAUGUGUUUCCAUUCAUGCACCAGUAGCAGUUGAUGGAGAAAUUAGCCGUGAUGUCCAAGAAGAAUUAGCAAGGGUAAGAAAGUGGUUCACUAGUCAAUAAAUUUGUGUUUUGAGAUUGUGAAAGAGCCGGACACAUGUCGACAUAUGAUUGGACGUUUAAUUUUAAUAAAACAAAAAAAAAAAGAAAUUGACUUUUAUUUUUAUUUCUUCCGC